AUGGGACUAGUUAGGAAAAUUGCAUUGACAUUUAGUCCUGCAGAUUUUAUCAUCGUCAUGGCUACAGGGAUAUCCUCAGAUAUCCUCUACGUAUUCCCCUAUUCUGGCUUUUGGCUGCGGCGGGCAUCAUAUCCAAUGUUUGCAGUAGCUUGUUUAUCUAUGUUAUAUUUCCAAAUCUUAUGUCUGCUGCAUUUGAUCUUUUAUAUCAAAGAAAAUUCUCUUAAAGCUUAUUUCAACGAAUAUUUUAGAAAUCCAAAUAAAGCUUUGUUUUGGGGUGCUUACCCAAUGGGGUUAGUCACCAUCAUCAAUUAUAUGGUCAAUUUAGUGGUACAUGAUGGUAGAAUCACACAUGGUGUAAAGAUGAGAAUGAUACGAACUUGCUAUGUGUUAUGGUGGUUCGAUGUGGGUAUUUCUCUUUGGACCGCUUGGGGCAUCAAUUUUUUCAUUUUGAAAUCUCAUUUCCUUAAUGGUUCUCUGGGGAAAUAUCAAAGCUAUUCUCAAAAAAUUAUGACUGAACAAUUGAAAUCCAUGAUUCUUUUCCCCAUUAUCCCUAUUGUUGUCGCAUGUUCCAGCAGUGCAAAUUUCACCAUGUUGGAAAUCUUUUCCGAAACUUUUAAUAGAAGGAUUCAAUUCAUGACUCUUAUUGUUACUACAUUAUUAUGGUUGCAUGCCUUAGCAUUAGUCUUUAUGUUGAUUACUAUCUUUUUUUGGAAUUUAUACGUCAAUAAAAUCCCUCCAAUGACCCAAGCGUUUUCCCUUUUCAUUGUUUUGGGUCCAUUGGGCCAAGCUUCUUUUGGGAUUUUAUUGUUAACUAAUGAUGCAAUUUUGUAUGUCAACAAAUAUUAUCAUUUACCAACCCAAUUAUCAGAUAUUACCACUAUAGAUGAUUUGCAUUCCAUCAUCUUAACAUUAUCCAUUCCUUGGAUGUUUAAAGCCAUUGGGCUAAUCCUUGGUUUAACUUUGCUUGGAUUCGGCUAUUAUUAUACAAUCUUUUCCAUUCUUUCAUUUAUCUAUUAUUCAACCAAAAAAUUGGAUCAUCCAACCGAUAAAAAUAAAAAAAUUCGUCUCUACCAUUUCAAUAAAGGUUGGUGGGGGAUGACUUUCCCCAUGGGUACAAUGUCCCUGGGCAGUACCGAAUUAUACCAUCAAUUCAAUGAAUACGUCCCCAUGAAAACUUUCCGCGUCUUGGGUACCAUAUAUGGAACUGUAUGUAUCUUAUGGUCAAUCAAUUGUGUACUAUUCACAUUAUAUUUUACUGUAUUGCCAUUCAUCAAGAAUAACAUUGUAAAACCUUGUAAAAAUAAAGAUGAAUCAAUAGGGGAAUCUCCAAUGAUUCUCGAUUAUUCUUCAUCUUCUUCAACAGAACCUAAAGUAUAA